AUGUAUUGCCAAGUACUGGUACAUCCCGCACAAAGGUUGCUCCAACAAAUUUUAUGGCGAGACCAUGCAUCUAAGCCUAUGGAGACUUAUGAGUUAAAUACAGUCACAUACGGUCAGGCAUCAGCGAGUUUUCUUGCUAUAAGAUAUUUGUUUGAACUAUCGGAGAAAUCGAGCCCCGAUAUAGCUAGAGUAAUCAGGGAAGAUUUUUACGUCGACGGCAUGUUGACGGGCACCGAUUCAUUACAGCAAGCUCGUCAAAUUUGCGCCGAAGUUUCUGAAGCUUUGAAUAAAGGCUGCUUCAAGCUACAAGAAUGGUGCUCUAACGAUCCCAUGGUGAAUUUACAAAAAUGUAAUGCAAGUUCGGUCGUGGAGAGAAAACAAAUCAUCAAAGUAGUAGAUUUUUCUGUGAAGACGCCGCAGAGGAUAUUGGCAGCCGAAAUC